UCUACUUUCAAUUCUAUCUUUCAAAUUCUCUCUCAUUCCUUUCCUCUCUGUUAAACCUAACAUUUCCCAUACUAUAUAGAUAUAAUGGGCUUCUUCAAUGCCACAACCAGGACUGAUACCAAUAUGAGCGAGGAAAAAGGUAUAAACAGCCUCACUCUUAAUACUUGGCACCAUCCUCCACCUAUAUCAGCCAUACAAAAUGGUCAGAAGGGGACCUUAGAAGACGAAGAGAAAGAAAAAGAAGAAGACUUUUAUUCCACUUUACCAACGUUAGAUGACGUACUUCACAGAAGGACACGACCACCUAUUUGCCUCUACAAUUACUAUAUCAUAUUGCGUGAUCGGUUGAAAAUGGAUCAUGUAUUAGAUUUCUGGUUAGAUGUGUCUCAAGCGCAUAUUUUACAUAAAAAAUAUCUGAAAUACAGAAACAAGGUGAAUCAGCAGCAGCAGCAGCAAACCAUAACAGACAAUUCAGCCAUGUCAGCAGCUACUGCUACACCUACAACUGCUAUUAGCACUAUCGCUGCUGAAACCGCUGAUCCAAGGCCUUCUUUGGCGACAACUGCAUUAACAACAAUGUCUGGCAGCUAUGACAGUCUCUACAAUAGCAGCAUGAGUCAAAAUCGAAUGGAUAAACUAACACCAGGAGCAACAACAAAACCGCACAAGAAACGCGUUCCUCCACCCACACACACCGAUUUGUUGAAUAUACUAGACCGCAUCUAUUUAAAGUAUAUUGCUCCGAGCGCAGAGAAAGAAAUUACUCAAUUACCAUCACAAAUCAAGCAAGCCAUCAAAAAUAAGAUGGAAAAUUUUGCAAAUAUAAGUAGAACAGCAAUAGAAGGAGACAGUGACGAAGUUCUUAUUACAUUGGAUAUAUUUGAUGAAGCACAAAACUACCUUUAUCACCAGAUAUUGUUGAAGCUCACUUACCCGCUCUUCAUCAAAUACAAAGUCAAGAUGAAUUUAACCUUACCUCAACAAAUUGGACGAUUUGUGGUAGGAUUGAUGAGCUUAUGGAUUGGCUUUUCCAUGGAAUUUUCAUUGAUCUUUUUAAACAUACAACCAUGGCAUAAACGAUUAUGGGGUUUAUUGCCUAUAAGUUUGGGUGUGUUUUGUAUGGUUUCUUCAGUUACCGGCGUAGAUCCGCUUUGGGUACUCCUAUUCAAUAUCAGCGAAACAGUUCCUUUUCAUUUCAAUUCCAUCUUACAAUACCAAGUCAAGAAAAUAUUGGUCAAAAGAGCUUGGGCUAUCUUUUCUGCCAUUCUGUUUAUUAUAUUUCUAUUUAUGUUAUUCUUCUGUUCUGUUGCAGGCAAACGACUUUAAAUUUUUCUGUUCGAUAAACUCUCAGCCAGACUAAUAGGCACUUAUUUUGCUGGUAUCAAUUGAUUUAAAUGUUAUAGUUCAGGAUAAUUGAGCAAACCAAACCAUGACUAUAGUUAUUCUAUGGACCAUCUUUCUUCUCCUCUACUUCUGUUUAUUAUUAUUCUUUCAUUUUCCAAAUUUCUUCCUUCAGCGCUUUCCAUUUCCUCUCCGUCAUCUCGAGGCUGAUUUGACUUUUCAAAAAUUCGUGUAGUUGAGGAUGAUACUCGACGGUUGCCACCCAAGAAAAAAGUUCCGCCGUGUGAUACUAUAC